AUCGGUCAAGCAGUACAUGUGGGGUUGUUAGAAGCCACAGACGACGAGCGCCUAUUGCGUAUGCAGGAGCUGGGGGUUUUCUAAGGUCACGGUCAAGGAACGUGAUGACGCCUGGUGCAAACUACAGGGACUUACAUUAGCGAACGUGAAAGCGAGUUAUAUAUAUCUGUUGGCCGCGCUCUUGCUUCAAAAUUGCGACCUUCCUUCCGCAAGAAAGGUUUACGGCCCUGCUGGAUCACUGGGCAUACGAUGGCAGGUGCCUUGAGGUAGGCACACGGCAGUGGACGACGAAGAUUUCAACAGCGGCUCACGACAAAGACCUCGAGGCCGACAAUGUUUUGCUGCCGUCGCGAUUCGGGAUCCCAUCGUCUGGAUGGCCUCCAUGUGUUGACAACCAUACGCCAUGAGAUGGCAGCCAAGGAAGGAUGCCAACGGUACGGCACACUGUCCACAUUUCGUGGUGAAGGAAAAGGACGGAACCAACCACUCGGUCCUGUUUCAUGUGCGAUACUCCAAUGUUACUCGGCAUUACGAGAGCAUGGUCCACCAUUGGUGCUCCGUAGACCACACUGCCACAGCACUAUUUGAACCUCAACCUCUCUUGUUCGAACUAUUCAACAUAGUGCUGCAAAUGGAUAUUGAGGAGUUCACACCUUCCGUCUCCCAAGUCUUGGCACAGCUACUAGAGUAUCGCCCUAAUGGCUUGGAUACGGCCUACCAAGCACUCUUUCCCCCGUUGCUGACCCCGGCCGGGUCUUUGGGAUAAGCGUGGAAAUG